GUCCUUGACAUGUUUUGGUGGCGGAGGAUGGAGACCCGGACUGUCUUCCUGCCGCGGAGGACGGUGCGGGAUCUGCGUGUCGAGGCAAUGGCCUCGCUCGCCGCGGAUGCCGACGCCGCUGCCAGAGAUGGGCCGACGCCGUUUGUCAGCGAGGGCGACGUGCUAACGGCGUGGAUGAUAUCCAUGGCGGCCUCGGUGCUGCCGCUGUCCUCUUCGCGGACGGUCGGCAUCUCUAGUGCUUUUGGCUUCCGUGGCCGCUUGACUUCAAUGUUCCUCGCGAGGGAGGGCGAAGGGGCGAAUGUGCAAAAUGCGGUGCUCCCCUUCUUCACGAACCCUCCGGCCAGCGACCUCAUUGCCAGGGAUAAUGCGCUCGAGUUCGCGGCACGGCCCAUCCGUCGUAACAUCGAGACGCAGGCCACCGAGGCCCAGAUCCGUGCUUUCGCCCGCCUUGCGCGCGUGUCGCUCGUGGAGACUGAAUUACUGCCGUUCUUCGGCGAUACGAGCUUUUUCUUGGUGAAUUGCUCCGACUGGACUAAAGUUCGGUUCUUCGAGGUGUUGGAUUUUGGACCGGCCGUCCUCUCCAGAAGGAGCGCGAAUAGCAAUGCUGCUCUCAGUCACAGCUGGUACAACCCGGUCUACUACCACGUCCAGGGGGUGAGCCCGAACGAUAUGCUGGCUCGAAAUUCGUUCUUUCUCGUGGGAACGCCGAAUGGCGAUUACUGGAUCACUGGCUGUUUUCCUCCCGAGGUGUGGAGGAAGGUGGAGGUGGCAGUCUCCGCGACUUGA